GCAUCUUCAUAUGCUGAGGGGGAAAAGAUGCCGCUGUAAAACUUUCCAAUGGUUUAACGAGCGAAAAGGAGAGAGUUGACGCGAUGGGUGAGGAAGACAAAACGGGCUGAAGAACAUUUCAUACAGUCCCUCGUCAUUAAGGAGGAUCAGGAUGAUUACAUAGAAACCAUCUUUUAUUUGCCGAAGGAACAGAUACAAAAGUUUGGCGAGUUUUGAGCGAAGUAUGGCGCGAGAGAUUGGCGAGUCAGGAGAAGCCAAAAGUGCCAAAGUGAAAAAGCACAAGCGAAGGAAAAGCAAAAAGGAGGGCAAAACAAGGAUCGUACACGCCAACAUUUUGUAUGACCAUACCAAAGGACUGGAUAACCCCAAUAGACACUAUGCAAACAAUAAGAUCAAAACCACAAAAUACACUCUGCUUUCUUUUCUACCGAAGAACCUCUUCGAGCAGUUCCACCGUUUUGCCAACGUGUAUUUUGUGUUCAUAGCAUUGCUGAAUUUUGUGCCUGUAGUCAAUGCUUUUCAACCAGAGUUGGCUAUCGCCCCUGUGGUCUUUAUAUUGUCCGUUACCGCUAUCAAAGAUUUAUGGGAGGAUUACAGACGACACCGAUCGGAUAAAGAAAUAAAUCACAUGGACUGUCUCGUUUACAGUAGGAAUGAAAAGAAAUAUGUGGAGAAAUACUGGAAGGAGGUUCGGGUUGGAGAUUUCAUCCGUCUGCGCUGCAAUGAGAUUUUGCCUGCUGACGUUCUGCUGCUCAGCUCCAGUGACCCGGACCGCCUGUGUCACAUCGAGACGGCCACGCUGGAUGGAGAGACCAACCUUAAACAGAGGCAGGUGGUGCGCAGCUUCAUCGACCUGGACUGUGAUUUUGAUCCCUUAAAAUACAACAGUGUUAUUGAAUGUGAGAAGCCCAACAACGACCUCAACAGAUUUCGAGGAUACAUAAUCCAUUGCAGUGGGAGGAGAGAUGGGCUGUACAAAGACAAUCUGCUGCUCAGGGGCUGCACCAUUCGCAACACAGAGGAGGCUGUGGGAAUCAUCAUCUAUGCAGGUCAUGAGACAAAGGCUAUGCUGAACAACAAUGGGCCGCGUUAUAAACGAAGCAAACUGGAGCGGCAGAUGAAUGUAGAUGUGUUCUGGUGUGUCAUAAUACUGCUUGUUAUGUGCCUCUUUUCUGCCAUUGGUCACGGUCUUUGGAUGUUUCAGUAUGGAGAUAAGAGGCCUGUUUUUGACGUCCUGAGUCCGGAAGGAACAGAUUUAUCUCCAGUGGUUUCGGCCAUUUAUCUCUUCCUCACCAUGAUUAUAGUGUUCCAGGUCUUGAUCCCAAUCUCGCUCUUUGUUUCCAUUGAAAUAGUGAAGAUAUGCCAAGUGUACUUCAUUCAUCAGGACGCUGAGCUUUAUGAUGAGGAGACGGACUCUCACCUGCAGUGCCGGGCUCUGAACAUCACUGAAGACCUGGGCCAGAUGCAGUAUAUCUUCUCUGAUAAAACCGGCACACUCACAGAAAACAAGAUGGUGUUUCGACGCUGUACUGUGGCAGGAGUGGAAUACUCACAUGAUGCCAACGCGAGGAGGCUUGCUAUGUACCAGGAGAUGGAUUCAGAAGAGGAGGAUUGCACAUCUCAUGGUGGGACUCUCCCACGGAGGGACAGUGCUGCCAGUCACCAGAGCGGAAAAGUUGUAUUGCGAUCACAGAGCACCAAAUCUCACCGUCGCACAGGGAGCCGAGCCGAAGCCAAGAGGGCCAGCAUUCUGUCCAAACACACUGCCUUCAGCAGUCCCAUGGAGAAGGACAUCACUCCGGAUCCUCAGCUUAUGGAUAAAGUCAAUGAGUGCAGCAGUCAGAUGGAGUUUAUGCGUUUUCACAGUCAGUCCAUUAAACAGAUCCCCCCUGACCUCUGUGACAUCUUUGACUUCUUCAUCGCACUCACUAUCUGCAACACUGUCGUUGUGUCCUCGCCGAAUCAGCCCAGACAGAAGGUGCGUCGCUACGAGCUGAAGUCUCCAGUGAAGACCAUAGAGGACUUCAUCAAACGCUUCACUCCGAGCCGCCUGACCUCUGGUUCCAACAGCAGCAGUUCCUCAAGCUUGGCAACCAACCGCUCUUCCCACAGACUGGGCUCUAGCAUGCUUUUCUCUCCCUCGGCCGAGAGCACGCUCACCAAGCUGAACGAAGAGAAGCCUCCAGAUCGCGACCUUCAGCAUGCCUUCAGUCCCGUCCCACCCAACUACGAUAAAACAAAGGCUUUGGCUAAAGACGAGUGCGAGCUCAGAUAUGAGGCUGAGUCGCCGGACGAGGCUGCUCUUGUGUACGCGGCCCGGGCGUACAAGUGCUCCCUUGUGGGUCGUUUGCCGGAUCAGGUGACCGUGGAGCUUCCUCACUUGGGGAGACUGAGCUUCGAGCUGCUGCACACGCUGGGGUUCGACUCCACGAGAAAACGAAUGUCCGUGGUUGUCAAGCACCCGCUGACUGAUCAAAUCACAGUGUAUACUAAGGGUGCCGAUUCAGUCAUCAUGGAUUUGAUCAGACCGGUUACAGAUAAUGUCAAAGGAAAACGCCAAAGAAAAAUUUUGUAUAAAACUCAAAACUAUUUAAAUCUCUACGCUGCAGAUGGUCUCCGAACACUCUGUAUUGCCAAAAAGGUCCUCAGUAAAGAGGAGUAUGCCAGUUGGCUACAGAAUCACCUGGAGGCCGAGACGGCUAUACACAAAAGGGAGGAUUUGCUUUUCGAGUCUGCAUUGCGACUUGAGACCAACCUCCACCUUCUGGGAGCUACGGGUAUUGAGGACAGGCUUCAGGAUGGGGUUCCUGAGACCAUCGCCUCUCUGAGGAAAGCUGGCCUUCAGAUCUGGGUGCUGACUGGAGAUAAACAGGAGACUGCCAUUAACAUCGCAUAUGCCUGCAAACUGCUGGACCCAGAGGAGGAGAUCAUCACGCUUAAUGCUGACUCACAGGAGGCCUGUGCUGUGUUACUCGAGAACAGCCUGCACUACAUCCAGACGAAAUUCCUUUGCAACCCUCCACCAGAUCCUCAAGCGGCCAGACACUACAGCAGUUUCCACUUCUCUUCACCGGUCUGUUCUCUAGCCUCCUCCGCCCAUACCAGUCCUUUCCUGGUGCACAGGCUCGGACUGGUGAUUGAUGGCCGGACGCUGGCCUACGCGCUUGAUAAGAGUCUGGAAGACAAGUUCCUGGCGGUGGCUCGGAGCUGCAGGUCCGUUCUGUGCUGCCGAUCGACGCCCCUGCAGAAGAGUAUGGUGGUCAAGUUGGUCCGUAACAAGCUCAAGGUCAUGACACUAGCCAUAGGUGAUGGGGCUAAUGAUGUCAGCAUGAUCCAGGUGGCCGAUGUCGGGGUGGGGAUCUCUGGCCAGGAGGGCAUGCAGGCGGUAAUGGCCAGUGAUUUUGCCCUGCCGCGGUUUCGAUACCUGCAGAAGCUUCUCUUGGUUCAUGGUCAUUGGUGUUACUCUCGUCUAGCCAACAUGAUCCUCUACUUCUUCUACAAGAAUGCUAUGUUUGUCGCUCUCAUCUUCUGGUAUCAGUUCUACUGUGGCUUCUCCGGGUCAGCCAUGGUCGAUCAGUGGUAUCUCAUCUUCUUCAACCUGAUGUUCUCCGCAUUCCCUCAGCUCAUCACUGGCACCCUUGACAAAGAUGUGUCAGCAGAUACGCUUCAGGAGCUUCCUCAGCUCUACAUGAACGGGCAAAACUCAGAGGAAUAUAAACCCUACAUGUUCUGGAUGAACAUGAUUGAUGCAUGUUACCAAAGCCUCAUCUGUUUCUUCAUUCCUUACUUUGCUUACGUAGACUCUGAUGUGGAUUUGUUUACAUGGGGAACUCCAAUCACCACAUUGGCCCUGUUCACCAUUCUGAUCCAUUUGGGCAUCGAGACCAAAACCUGGACAUGGAUGAACUGGGUCUCGAUUGGCUUCAGUAUAUCUCUCUUCUUUACUGUCGCUCUGUUCUACAAUGCAUCCUGCCCAACUUGUUUCUCUCCCUCGAACGCUUACUGGACCAUGCAGAGGCUGCUGGGAGAUCCUAUGUUCUACCUGCUGUGUGUUGUCACACCUAUGGCUGCUCUUCUUCCCAGAUACUUUUAUAGAGCCUGUCAAGGUUCUCUAUUCCCAAACCCAGUCCAAGUGGGAAGACAACUGGACAGGCUACCAGCAGACAUGCGCAGGCUCUUUCUAAGCCAAAGUCGGAUGAAGCUGGGCUCGCUCGGAUCACUUUUUACUCCCCCGGCCCUAUUCUUUCCUCUUUGCAGGCCUUUCCAGAAAGACUACAGGCCUAGGAUGAAGCAAGCCCACGUGAGUGGCACCAAACAGAAGGAGAAAGCUAUAGCCAGCCCUAUCCCAUCAAAGACUGUGGAGAUGUGGGACACGCCUUUAAGCUCAAAGACCUCUGGGAACCAUGUCAUACUCAACCUUAAAACACAGGAUAAAGCAGAGACCUGCAGACCGGGCUCAGACAGCCCCCUAUCUGUAAAUUUAGACUGUGCGAUGGAAGCGUCGUACACCAAAGAUCCUCCAGCCUCCAGAACAGUUUUGGAGGCCAUGCUGAGCCCAGUUGACCUCUGUCAGGUUCGUCUGCUCACUUCCACACCGCUGCUUUGUCAAACUGAGAGCAUACAGCUCCUGUCGCCACCCAGCAGCUGUCUGUUAGAACAGAAGGUGGAGGACGAGGACGGUUCAAACCAAAAUUCCCUCCUGCCGAAAGGGGGUGGGGACACGCAACAUAACCAAGAACAUUCAGUCAAAACGACAUUUCUAUGAUACUUUCUACCCGUUACACUGUUUCAAAUUUGCACGUUAGCUUUAAGAUAUAUUAUUAUUUUCAUGAUGGUUUUAUAAAGAUAUAGGUUGGUACUAUAUAUAUAUAUUUUAGAUGUAUAAAGUUUAGAAUAAAGUUUUUUUUUCGAGAGUGGCCAGCAUAUGCAAACUGGUUGGUCUUCUGUUGUGUUAUGAUUGUUUUGUAAUUUAGUUUUGUAUAAACCAUCUCAGAAGUGGGGGAGGUUUGCUUUUCGAGGCAGACGCAGUGCAGAGACAUUCCGUUUUCUGUUUAUUUGGACCUGGAUGUCCUGGCGGACUUUAAAGAGCCUUCCCCUCCCUACCAUCAGACAUCUCUGAUAGCACUAUGUUCACAUCAGUGUUUAUAGAGUUCCGCAUCCCAAAACAGUACCCUUAAAUGUCAGUGGGGAAAUUAUUUUACAGUAAAGUCUAAUUAAUUUUUUUAACUGCAGUCGCAUCGAGUCUUUUGCGAAUAAAAGCUACCUUAACUACAGGUUUGAUAGUUAAUGUAUCAAUUCACAUAUACAGAUUAAUGGAUUAAAAAAAAACUUAUUUAAAAACGUUCCCACAGCAAAGAAUUUAAAGUGGCCAACCAUACACUCACUCACUUGCAAUUUGAAUCUUUUGGUGUCAUCUAUAUGUCAUUUACACAGAUAAUCCGGCAAGAUAAUGUUUUAACAUUUUGUCAAAUUAGUCAUCGUAGAGUUUGCCACUUUACAGAUCUAUUUGAUAUUAGUGUUCAUUUUUACAUUGUCUAACAUACGGAGUUAAGAUGGCUGUUAUUUAAAGGGAUAGUUUCCCCAAAAAUAAAACUGUGUCAUCAUUUACUCACCAUCGUCAUUACAAACCUGUCUGACUUCCUUUCUUCGCCAGAACACAAAAGAAGAUAUUUUGGAAAAAGUCACUAACCAAACAACAUAGGCCCCCAUUGACUUCCAUUGGAAGUCGUCCAUUCCCAUGGACAUUUUUCAAAUGUGUUCGACAGAAGAAUGAGUCGUAUACAGGUUUUAAAUGACAUGAGGUUAAAUAAAGGAGGACAGAAUUAACAUUUUUGGACGACUAUCCCUUUUCGCAUGACUCGCGUUGUAGUUUUUCCCUUUAUUGACCAUUAGAUCAUAUCAAGUAUUAGUGAAGGCAUUAGUAUGUGAAAAUUCCUCACAUUUGCCUUUACCUUACCCACCCCAAAUGACUUGCGUUAGUGCCUAGCAAGUUGAUUGGGUGAAUACAGAGAUUUUUGGUUAAUGGAGGACAACACAUGGCACUCCGCUGCAUUUCAUGUCCAGAUUAGGUUAAAGCUCUUAAAGAUCUCUCAUUCAGACACAUGCAGGAUUACAGACAUUGCCGUACCUGCGCGUUGUCUUUAGCGCCUUAAAGCACAGCUGGCUCUACCUUUUCGUUUAUGAUAGAUAUGGUGCUUGCUGCAUUUGCCUGUUCAGAUAUUAUUUGUGUGUGUAGUUUUUUGUGCUGCUUUUGUGUUCAAAGCGUUCCUGCAGGAUAGGAGUUCACUUUUCGCCUUUUUAAGUUAUAUUCAUUCACACUUAAGAGUGCUUUAGAUAAAAACAGUCUAUAUGUCUAUAUGCUACAUGGAGAUUAUGGGGGAUUCUGGGAAAUGCUGAUUUCUCUACUUGACCCCAUCUGGCUUAUUGCUCCUGGCCUGUGUUACGGCCUCUUCUGUUUAAAUGUAUAUGCAUCUCCUGUUAUCUUCUAAGAUUGUACUUUUCUGCUCCGUUUACAAUAUCUGUAUAACUAUUCCUUGACCAAAGAUUGCUGGAAUCUCUUCUAGAGCGUUUGUACUGUAACCAGCAGCUCGGGCUGAUUUCAUCAUUCAGUGAUAAUUUGCGCGGGGCUGUUGCUUCAUUAUUCAUUCUCUUUGUGCAGUCACCGCCUGUGUUGUUACUGUACCCAAAUUGGUCCUAUUUUUUUCAUUACAGGAAGCAUUACGUAUGGUAUGCGUUUAUGAGUCGCCCUCAGGAAACACCAGAAUAGUUUCAUGAAAACAUUCCGUUUUGAUUACUGUCUAUUCCGAGGCAAUGAAGGGAGUUAAUGGACGAAAGCGUGACUGUGCGAUUUCUCAUUCCUUUUAAGCGGUAAUAUAUGUGUAAUGAAUGUUUCAUGCGAGCACGCGGGCGUUAACGCUUCUGUUCGGCGCGUGAAUAUUCCACGAUCGUGCAAAUGUCAGGGGUGUGGCGUAUUAUAGAGUUCCCUAGAGAGAUGCUAAAAUAGUUUUUAUGAGAAGAUUUGUCAUGCUGUACUCGCGUAACCUUGAGGCCUCGCCAAUCUGUUCGUUCGGGAUCUCAUUUGGGUAGUCGCUAUUGAAAUCGCUGAUUUAUGAACAGCCUGCCCGGAGGAUUAUGAGAUCCACUGUUCUCAUUAAACAAUGAAUGGGGCGAACAGAAUUUGUUCCGACCAAAAAUAAUCAAAUUCAUAGCUUGUCACGUUUAUAAACAAACACAUAAAACCUCAAACUUUUUGGGCGGAGUUGUGUAUAGGGUUACGGAGAGGGCGAUACAGUAUUAAGCUUGGUGUGUCUCAGAGUGUGCCUGAAUACUACAGUAAAACCCUAAAGACGCUUAUAUAAAGCACACAUGUACUUUGUCCCUUUGUGCCUUGUUGAACUUUUGCACAGCUCGUGUUUUAGCUGCGAGGCGCGCAAUAGGAGGGAGUAAUAUUUCUUGUCUAGUCUGAAUUUAAAUGUUCUAAGCAUCUUGGAGGUAUGCUGAAAUUAUUUAUAGUUUUAUAUUCAGAUUCCGAUAAUAAGCAACAUUUGUAUGCGAUAAAGUGAGGAUUAUGCUAAACCCGAAGAACAGUUUUAUACGUUGUGGUAUAUAUGUUAUGUGCCUUAACACUGGAAAUCACAUGUAGACGUCAAUACAUACAGUGAAUUUGUAUACGUACAGUAUGUGUAAAUUUAUAUUAAUAAAUGACGUUUAAUGAAAAAUUUUUAUAUGUACAAUUUUCGAGAUUCUGCUUUUUUCUAUAUUUUUUUUUUCAGUUCUUGGAUACCAGAUUUGUUUAGAUUUUGGCCGAGUUUCACAUUCUGUAAUAAAAUCCAUACACAGUUGCAUUCCAUAGUUUUUCCUAAAGUUGAGGGCAGAUUACAGGAAUGUUGUCUCAUGGCCUGUCACAGUACAUGCAUGCUACUAUUGGGUGGAUUUAUUUUUGUAAAUACUUAAAAUAACACAUGUCACUGUCACUUCCAUGACUAUUUCUGGUUCAUUGCAUGCGUUUUACUUGUCACACCAAGGUUCAGUAUGUUCUCAUUCUACAUUCACUACAUUUCAGUAUAGGUUCACUACAUUCCUGUUUAAAAACUGUUUUUCGACUGGUUCUGUGACAUUUUUGGGAGAAUUUGUUUACUCGUUCACUUGUGCUGUUUAUUUUAGAGGAGAACGAUAUUUGUCAAUCUGAAAUAAAUACAAAGUUUCUUGA